GUGAAAAAUGUCAUGUGAACAUUGUCGAAAGAGUGAAAAUAACGAGAGCGGAUCAUGAGUCUUACGUGACACAGUUGGCAAAACUGAACAACAGCCUGCUGUGUCAGUGGACCGCAGACGUUGUUGAAACUAUUAGUUGGAAAUUGCUCCACCCAACAAAUAGCAGGGACAACAAGGACUGCCCAGAAAAUGCAGAGGAGUAUGAACGGGCAACGAGGUACAAUUAUUCGGCUGCUGAAAAGACGGCUCUCAUUCAAACAAUUUCCAUGAUUAAAGGAUUACAAUCUUUGCUGGGACGAAUUGAGCCGUCAUUGUCGAAUGCUAUCAGGCGUCACAUCUAUGCGGAACUGCAAGGUUUCGUGCAGCACGCUUUCAACGAACCCAUACAAAAGGCUAUUAAAGGCAAAAAGGAUUUACUGGCAAGCAUUUUGCAAUCGGUUCGUGACACAUGUGUGGAUGCGUACUCCUCUGCUUCCGAAUCUCGUCCGUCAAUCGAAAAGAAAAAACGUCAGGGGAAGGAAUCAACGAACAGUUCAAGUAGUGACUUACGGAUAGCUCGAAGAGCGUCACCUCCUACACCGAGCAGUACACAGCUCUAUAUGGCCAGAACACAACUGGAGUCGUUGAUUUCGGAGCGAACUAGUGGCGGGAAACGCGUUCUCAGGAAGGAACUUGAUGCGAAAACAAUAGAAAGAAUCUCCGUUUUUCUGCGAAAAUCAACCCACUGGCCCGCAUUAUUUCGACUGUCCGACUCAUUAUCCGAAGCAGCUGACU